GACCGCCGACCUCAUCCCGCUCGCAUCUCGAGACACCGGCCAAGCUGCGGAGGCUGUGCGGCGCAUCGAGCAGUAUCCCGCGGUUUUCUACAUCACCACCACCACUGUCACCGCCGCACCCCCGAGCGCGCAACCAAACACCGCGGAAGAGAAGGAGCUGCACAAUUCGGACAUUCCGGAUGAGGCUGGACGGAUAACAGUGUAGUGUGGAGACAAGCGCCCGUAUACCGUUAGGCCGCGAUGGCCGGUCGGCCUCCUGGUGGACCGCCGAGUGACAAUCUAAUCGACUUCGACGACAACCAGCCUACAUACUACUCCGGCGCGCGUCCGCCAGUAAACGACGAAGAUCUCCUCCAUCGCUAUGACAUAGAUAAUACGGACACACCGCAAGGUCGGCCCUCGGUAUCAUACGAUGAGUUCGUGGGAGGGGCCAGGCCGACAGCAGGCCUUCCGGGAGGGCCUGGGGCGCCGCCUGCCGGGCAGACGCCGUAUUCGGCGGGCGGAGCGAGGUUAUAUUCGCAAACAUCAGAUUUGAACAACUACCAGAGGUACUCUGAUGCUGAGAUACCCGUGGACGAUGACCACUCCAUGCAGGGAUACUAUGCAUCUGGUGGGGGCUACGAUACUCCCGCGGGGAUGCGGCGCACGACCUCCAAGAAGGCGAACAGGAAUAGUAUUCUGAGCCUGGGUGGGGGUCUCACCGGCCGCGUUAAGAACAUGUUCGGGAGAGGGCCGGAGUACUCGGAAAUGGAUCUGCCUUUGACAGAGCAUGCCGCGCAGCAAGGUCGGACGGAGAGUGGCGGUUUCGAUGAAUCAAAGCAGGCCCCAAAGAAACGCCGUUCCGGGACAUUCAAAUUUGGGUUCGGGCGAGGAGCGCCAGAUCCAUCAACCCUAGGUCCCAGGAUAAUACACCUCAAUAACCCGCCCGCGAACGCUGCGAACAAGUACGUCGACAACCACAUCUCCACCACCAAAUACAACGUCGUCACCUUCCUCCCGAAGUUUCUGUACGAACAGUUCUCAAAAUACGCCAAUCUCUUCUUUUUAUUCACCGCUAUUCUUCAACAGAUUCCCGGCAUUUCUCCCACGAAGCGAUAUACUACUAUUGUUCCACUCGGCGUCGUCCUGUUCGUCUCUGCUGUCAAGGAAUAUGUCGAGGACCACAGGCGCAAACAAUCAGAUUCGACAUUGAACAAUUCCAAGGCGCAGGUGUUGAAGGGGUCCUCUUUCCAGGAAUCUAAAUGGAUCAAUGUCGCCGUAGGAGACAUUGUUCGCGUGGAGUCGGAGCAGCCAUUUCCUGCUGAUCUUGUGCUGCUCGCCUCUUCAGAACCCGAAGGUCUCUGUUAUAUCGAAACCGCAAAUCUAGACGGCGAGACCAACUUGAAGAUCAAGCAAGCAAUUCCAGAAACUGCGGACUUUGUCAGCCCAGCCGAACUCGCCCGUCUUGGAGGCAAACUCAAAUCAGAACAGCCCAACAGCAGUUUGUACACCUACGAAGCGACAUUGACGAUUGCAGCCGGAGGAGGAGAAAAGGAAUUACCUUUAGCGCCAGAUCAGCUACUCUUGCGUGGAGCGACCCUCAGAAAUACUCCAUGGAUCCACGGCGUCGUAGUGUUUACCGGUCAUGAAACGAAGCUUAUGCGAAACGCCACAGCUACGCCUAUCAAGACCACCAACGUCGAAAAGAUGGUGAACAGGCAGAUUCUCAUGCUUGUGGCCAUUCUGAUUGCGCUUAGCAUCAUUAGCUCCGUCGGCGACGUUAUCGUCAGGACAACAAGAGGUGGGAACCUUGGCUAUCUCGAAUACGACACUUUCAACGGCGCGAAGCAGUUCUUCUCGGACCUGCUGACUUAUUGGGUCCUCUACUCCAACUUGGUUCCCAUCUCUCUGUUCGUCACGAUCGAAAUCGUGAAAUACUAUACCGGUAGUCUGAUCGAUGCUGAUCUCGACAUCUACUACGAGCCGACGGAUACACCUGCCAACUGCCGUACUUCUUCGUUGGUUGAGGAGUUGGGCCAGAUUGAAUACAUCUUCUCUGACAAGACCGGCACUUUAACGCAGAACAUGAUGGAGUUCAGGCAGUCCUCGAUCGCAGGCAUUCAGUACGCAGACGAGGUUCCCGAAGACAGACGAGCUACCUUCGAAGAUGGUGUUGAGGUCGGCAUCCACGACUUUGCCAAGCUAGAAGAGAAUCGCAAGACCCACAGAAACAGGGACAUAAUCAACCACUUCCUGACUCUGCUCUCGACAUGUCAUACAGUCAUUCCAGAAAGAGGUGGUGAGAAAGACACAAUCAAGUAUCAAGCAGCUUCACCCGACGAAGGCGCCUUGGUCGAAGGCGCUGUCACAUUAGGGUACAAAUUCCUCGCGCGAAAACCGCGAUCUGUCACAAUCGUCGUGGACGGCCGAGAACUGGAGUAUGAGCUACUUGCCGUCUGCGAGUUCAACUCCACAAGGAAAAGGAUGUCUACCAUCUUCCGCACACCAGAGGGCAAGAUCAUAUGUUAUUGCAAAGGGGCAGAUACUGUCAUCCUUGAGCGACUUGCUAAAGACAACCCUUACGUGGAGGUCACCCUGACACACCUUGAAGAGUAUGCCGCUGACGGUCUCCGCACACUUUGCCUGGCAAUGCGCGAGAUUCCUGAGAAUGAAUUUCAGGAAUGGCACAGGAUCUUCAAUACCGCGCAGACCACCGUUAGCGGCAACCGUGCCGAGGAGCUUGACAAGGCUGCCGAGCUCAUUGAACAUGACUUCACUCUUCUCGGUGCAACCGCUAUCGAAGACAAGCUUCAGGAUGGGGUACCAGAUACCAUCGCAACGCUGCAAAGCGCAGGGAUCAAGAUCUGGGUGCUCACAGGCGAUCGUCAAGAGACCGCUAUCAAUAUCGGCAUGAGCUGCAAGUUGAUCAGCGAAGACAUGAGCCUGCUCAUCAUAAACGAGGAGUCAAAGGAGGCCACAAGAGACAAUAUUCAGAAGAAGCUAAACGCCAUCAACAGCCAGAGUCAGGGAGGAGCCGAGAUGGACGUGCUUGCCCUUGUCAUUGACGGCAAGUCACUCACCUACGCUUUGGAGCGCGACCUGGAGAAAUUGUUCUUGGACCUCGCCGUCAAAUGCAAGGCUGUCAUCUGCUGUCGCGUGUCCCCGUUACAGAAAGCUCUGGUCGUCAAAUUGGUCAAGCGUCAUCUCAAAGCGAUUCUUCUCGCGAUCGGCGACGGCGCGAAUGAUGUCUCCAUGAUCCAGGCGGCGCACGUCGGAGUUGGUAUAAGCGGUGUCGAAGGCCUCCAGGCCGCUCGAAGCGCAGAUAUCGCCAUCGGUCAAUUUCGCUACCUUCGCAAGCUCCUCUUGGUUCACGGCGCCUGGAGCUUUCAGCGGGUCAGCAAGGUUAUCUUGUAUUCCUUCUACAAGAACAUUGCGCUGUUCAUGACACAGUUUUGGUAUUCUUUCCAGAACGCUUUCUCUGGGCAGAUCAUCUACGAGUCCUGGACGCUUACAUUCUACAACGUCUUCUUCACGGCUGCUCCUCCCUUCGUCUUAGGUAUCUUCGAUCAGUUCGUCAGCGCUCGUCUCCUAGAUCGCUAUCCACAGCUCUACCGUCUCAGCCAGACGGGGGUUUUCUUCAGGAUGCAUUCUUUCUGGUCCUGGGUCGCAAACGGCUUCUAUCACUCCCUUAUCCUAUAUUUUGCCUCGCAAGCCUUCAUACUCUGGGACUGGCCUCAGUGGGACGGUCAGAAUGCCGGUCACUGGGUCUGGGGCACCUCGCUCUACACUGCGGCACUCGCAACGGUGCUGCUUAAGGCAGCGCUCAUCACCAACAUCUGGACCAAGUACACGGUCCUCGCAAUCCCAGGGUCUAUGGCCAUUUGGUUCAUACUUAUACCCAUCUACGCCACCGUUGCGCCCAAGCUCAACAUUUCAACGGAAUAUAUUGGCGUUAUCCAGCGCAUGUUCCCAGACCCAAGGUUCUGGGCGAUGCUCUGCGUUCUGCCUCCACUAUGCUUGAUGAGAGACUUCGCCUGGAAGUACGCUAAGCGCAUGUACUUCCCGCAGAGCUACCAUCAUGUGCAGGAGAUUCAGAAAUACAAUAUCCAAGACUACAGACCUCGCAUGGAACAGUUCCAGAAAGCCAUCCGCAAAGUGCGGCAAGUACAACGCAUGCGCAAGCAGCGCGGCUACGCGUUUUCACAGACAGACGAGUCGCAAGCACGCGUUCUGCAAGCAUACGACACGACACAGGUGAGAGAUCGCUACGGCCACAUGGCGAGUUCGAGGCGGUAGAAACGGGUGUAAUGCGCAUUCCACUCAUAUUGGGACUUUUCUCUCUUCGGCGUAUUUUCAUCCGCGGGAAAGGAACAGGGAAUUGGAGUUUAAAUUUUUGUCUGUGUUCUUGUACGGAUGACACAAUAUUCAUGGCGUAGCUCAAAAUGGGCAGAUGAACUGGUUUGGCAAUGUAUUUCUUGUAACAGGCAUUAACAUGGACAUGUUCUACCUUUAAAAUCGAGCGACAUGCACUGAC